UCCUUAAACCUUAUAAUAUAAAAAAAUCCACCACUUCCCUUCUCUCUUCUGUUUUCUCUUCUCUUAAACAAUGGCCUCUCUCUCUCACCUUAACAAACUCCUCUGCGUCCCCACGCUCAACUCCACGCCCUCCGUUUCGCCGCCGCGCGCCCUCGGAAUUUCGACCAAACCGCUCCCAAGGCCGCGGCUGGUGGCCGACUUUGCGAGGCCGGCGGUGCGCGUCCGAGCCGUCACCAGCGACGACGAGUGGGGCCCGGAGAAGGAGGAGGACACUUUCGGCGGUGGCGGCGUGGCGGUGGAGGAGAAACCGGCGGAGACGGAGAAGCUGAAGAAGGCUUUGGUGGAUUCGUUCUACGGCACUGACCGUGGAUUGAAAGCAUCGAGCGAAACGAGAGCGGAGAUCGUUGAACUCAUCACUCAGCUCGAGGCCAAGAACCCUAACCCUGCUCCCACCGACGCCUUGACUCUCCUCAACGGAAAAUGGAUUCUCGCGUAUACAUCCUUUGCAGGAUUGUUCCCAUUGUUGUCAAGGGGAACACUACCAUUGGUCAAGGUAGAGGAAAUAUCUCAGACUAUUGACUCACAGAAUUUUACCGUCCAAAACUCUGUUCAGUUCGCUGGUCCUUUGGCCACCACUUCAAUUAGUACCAAUGCCAAAUUUGAAGUUCGAAGUCCUCAACGUGUGCAGAUAAAGUUUGAGGAAGGCAUCAUUGGCACUCCACAGCUGACGGACUCAUUAGAGAUACCAGAAAAUGUGGAAUUUCUGGGUCAAAAGAUUGACCUUACACCUUUCAAAGGCAUCCUUACCUCUGUGCAAGACACAGCCUCAUCAGUCGUGAAAACAAUUUCAAGCAGGCCUCCUUUGAAAAUCCCAAUUUCCAACAGCAAUGCUCAAUCGUGGUUACUCACUACAUAUCUUGAUGAAGAUCUGCGUAUCUCAAGGGGUGAUGGUGGCAGUGUCUUUGUUCUCAUCAAAGAAGGAAGCUCUCUUCUCACAAGUUAAAACAAAACAAACUAGUUUACUUUGGGGUACAUUCCAUAUAUAUAUAGUUUAUGUUUAUAAAAUAAGCAAUGGGUUUGGAUUGUAUACAAUGUGAUGCGGAUUGUUUAGUUAAUGUGUGAUAUAUUUAUAAGCAUAAGCCAAAGGCAUCAACCAGCUUCAAAUAGCAGCAUAAUAACAUGUUUUCUAGUUGACUAUUUUCAAAGGAAGGCUAGUGGUUGGUAGUAUGCUGGUUGGGAAUAAACAGUGUGAAUGUGAACUUUGUCUAUCUAUAGUAUAUGCCCUCACCA